CUGAACGGCUGGAGAGAGAGGAGAGAGGGAGAGAGGGAGGAAGAGAGCCAGAGAGCGGCAAGAGAGGGGAGAAACGGCCCGGGGACUGGGGGAGGAUCGCCGCAGACGCAGGGGAAGAGAAGAAAGUCGGAUGAAUCAAUGACCUUUUGAGCGCUCUUCCUCUGGAUGUCCCGGUGCAGAAACGGACCGGAGAGCUCACAUUUUGGGGGAUUUUUGGAGAAGAAAAACACUGAGCUUUGAAAUCCAUCGACUGGAAGUGGAUAAGGGCAAGUGUGGACAGCCGGCAGCCAAGGAGGAAGUGGAAACCCCGGGCUUGGACAGGGCCUAAUUUAUAGUAAGCUUUUUAAAAAAUCAAAAUAAUAAUAAUAAUAAAAAAUCAAAAUCCAGCUCAACUGAGGGGAUCUUCUUUUUAAAAAAAGAUUUGAAAUAUGGAUUUUGAAGGAAGUCUAGUUUAAAACAAGGGGAUGUAAUAUUUUCGUCUUACAUUGGAGGGCAGUGGAUCAUGAAAAUACAUCCACACCCAAUUCUGCGAGGGCUACACACACUCUGCUCCCAUUGAAAGAUCGCCCGCUCAGGUCACAUCAUCAGCUAAUUGAAAGUCGCCGCCUUUUCUUAUUUUGAAUACUGACCCAAAGCUGCCAUCACGUGGAGGGCCCUCCAGCACACACUGACACUGUAAAAAAAACACCAACUUUUCACUCAUACGAAAAGUCUUUAUGCAAACAAGAUGGGGAAAAUGCUGUCAAAGAUCUUUGGCAACAAGGAGAUGAGAAUACUGAUGCUUGGACUGGAUGCUGCUGGGAAAACCACCAUCCUGUACAAGCUCAAGCUGGGACAGUCGGUCACCACCAUCCCCACCGUCGGCUUCAACGUGGAGACAGUCACCUAUAAGAAUGUCAAGUUCAACGUGUGGGACGUGGGGGGGCAGGACAAGAUCCGUCCGCUUUGGAGACAUUACUACACGGGCACCCAGGGCCUCAUUUUCGUGGUGGACUGUGCCGACAGGGACAGGAUCGACGAGGCCAAGCAGGAGCUCCACCGGAUCAUCAACGACCGGGAGAUGAGGGACGCCAUCAUCCUGGUCUUCGCCAACAAACAAGACAUCCAGGACGCCAUGAAACCCCACGAGAUCCAGGAGAAGCUGGGCCUGACGCGGAUCAGAGAUAGGAAUUGGUACGUUCAGCCCUCGUGUGCGACGUCGGGGGAUGGACUUUUCGAGGGCCUUACCUGGCUUACCUCAAAUUACAAAUCUUAAUGUUCACCAGCUCGGACACUUGGAGGCGACAAAAAAGUAGCUGAGAAUGAAAAAAAAAUGCAAUCUGAAGCAAUUAAUACCAUGACCUCUCUGCCGAGUAUAUGUCAAAGAGAGUAGCAAUUAUAUUUUGUUUUAUUUCUUCAUUAUAACUCCAGAUUUCAUUUAAACAAAGACAAUUUAUUUUUCUUUUGGCUGACGUUCUUUUUUUGUAGUUUUCAGUGGAAGCGAAUAGGUGACAAGAAUAUUUUGUUUUUAACAGCCACUGAAUACUUAGUGAUGAAAUUUUAACACCAACGUAUUUUACCCUGAAAGCCACCUGAAGGUUUUUUUUUUUUGACAUUUCUUGAUUUGCUGUUUCAAAAGCUACAUUUGAUUCCAAUUCAAAAAUUCAAGUGUUACAAUUUGAACAAAAUUGAUUCAGAUCACUCAAAUUUGAACAGUCUAAUUCAUAUUUAAAAACGCAAAUUGGGAAAAAAAAUCGUAUUCGAUUGGUAGGAACAUUAAAGCGUGAUUGCCUAUCCUGUCCAAGGAAGCAGGCAUGUUGCUAUGGGAAUUUUUUCAACUUGAAUUUUUAGAUCUGAAUUGGACCAAUCAAAUUCCAUUAACCUCAGUCUUUUUUCCUUUUCUUUUUUUUCUUUGUGGAAAUUGUGACACUUAAAUUCUGGGGCUUAAAUUUGACCAAAUUUGAGCAAUCUCAAUUUUUUUUUGAGAUUUCAAUUUUUUCAAAUUUGAAUUUUCUUUUGUUUUCUUUUAAAUUCUAAUUCUUGAAUUUCUUUGACCAAUCAAAUUUGAGCAGCCUCAAUUAUCUUUUUUUUUUAAUUUCUUUGGAAAAUUCUGAAUUUGAAACCAUUGGGGUAAAAAACAUGAAUGAAUUGCAAAUCAAGACAUGUCGGAUUUGAAUUCCAAAGAGGUGAAUUCAGAACAAACGAAUUUAAAGAUACAUGGUUUUCACAGUAAAACAUAAUUCAAUACGAUAAAUUCAGCGGCUGUUAAAUUCCAAUAUUUAAGUCUUUUAUUUGCUUCCAUAUUUGCUUUGGUUCACAUUCUGUAUAAUCAGUUGAAAUAUACAUUACGCUUACUUUUGAGCUCUUUUCCUUUCUUUUUUAAAAAAUAUAAUUUCUUUUAGGGGAUUUUGGGACUUCUACUUUUACCCCCGCUUGACUCUCAUUCAGUAUUGUCAUCAGCUACAUAUCCAAAGGAUGGGAAAAGUCCAGAAACCAUUGCCUACAUCAGCAUAUCAUGGCUCAAACUGCCUUGUGUAAUUUGUAAGAAUGUGUACUCUGAAUAUGUUAGGACCUUUCACAAACACAAAAAAAUAAUUGAUUGUACUGGGAUGAUCGAGGAAACGUGAUUAUUUCCAUUGUUUGAAAAGACACUGUGGACGCCGGAUCUUCACACACACACACACUGUGAUAUGGAUAUAUAUUUUUGUUGUUUCAGGGUCUGAAGCUGUUACCAUCAGUUAUUACUGCCUCUGUUGUUUCUCCCAGAGCUUCCAUUAUUACUGCUGAGUAUUUGUAGUUUCAGCUGCCUUAGUUAGGAGGGACCCGGGUUACAGGUGCCCCCAAAUCAAGACCACGGCAGACGGUAUUCUCAACUGCUGAGUUUGCACUUUGGGAGAAGGGGGGGGGGGGGGUGGCUACCAACUAGCUGGCUGUGCACAUUUAGAUUGACUGACUUUUGGACCCCAGCAAGUGUUUACGAAACUCCCAACCCCCCACCACACCCUCCAGCAUAGGUGCUUCAGAGACUGCAACUCUCCUCUUUUAGAUUAUUUUUUUUUAUUCAUCAUCAUGACUUUAGGUCCUGCAGAAACACACAAACUCUGUUAAUACUCUGUUUUUUUUUUGUUCCCUUUUUUGCUAUGCUGAUGAAAUAAUAAAAAAAUAUAUCCAGAUCAGUACGGAAGUGACGCCUUUUCAAUCUGCGACCGUUAGAAAAGUAAUAUUUCACUUCUGAACACGCCAAGGAGGAAGUGAGAUUUAAAGGGCCGUUAGAAAGUUUGAAAGAAGGACGAGGUGAGCGAGGUGAGCCUCGGCCUGUUUGCUCUCUGUACUGUGCAUGUGUGAGUCACGCCGGCUGUGAAUAAGUGAUGAGAUCUCUAGUUUCAGAGAAGUGACUGUCAGGUAAAUCCGCGCUUUGCUGCAGGUCUUAAAGUAUCACUUUGUCCAUCGGGGAGCUGAUUCCUCACAUGGCUUUUGACAUUUUCAAACAAAGGAGGCAAAUUAAAGAGGUAUAACGUGGAGUCCAGAUCUUGAACCAUGGGCUGGUAAAAGACGCCAAGCUAAAAGGACACUCUGCUUUCUUGGUAAUGGAUAACCUUCGACAAGGGUGCUGUUAAAAGUUACAGGAAAUACACAUUUCUCAAAUUUCUCAUCAUGUCGUGACAACAAAAAAAUGCAACAGUCUGAUGAGAACUUGUUCAUGAGGAGAGUGAAUCUGGGUCACUGAGAACUUGAAGACAGCAGCGUCUUACCUCAUGAUUGUGUAACUGCUGAGGUUAGGGUGACAGUCAGCCUCACGAAAAAGGGCUCUGCCAGCCUGCCGUUUUACCUCGUCAGUUGCCAGAAGGGGCAGACUUGAGAUCAGCAGUGAUGCCCCCAAAACCUUUUCGUAGGGGUGGCCAGAUGGGAAUCUUACGGUGUCACACCAACGGCAACUGAAUUUCAGAAAUUUGAUUAUGCUGUUGAAGUAUAUAAGCUAAUGAAAAAUAUGUCUCAUGAGAGUUGAGGAAUUACAUAUUGAUAUACUUUGGUUCAUUAUCUUACAGUUAAAAAUACUAAUUAUUAGGGCUGUCAAAGUCAAUACUGCUCGAAUUUUGACACGCAAUUAACGCACGUACGUUCUGUAAUCAUGACCCACCCCGUAGUUUGGGAAAUCAGAAAGCGAUGCAGCAGUAACACUGCUAAUAGCAGCAGAAACAAACCUCCGCACACAGAAAUGGAUAAAGAAAGGGUUUGGUUUUUUUUCCAAUGACAAGUUCAGCUGUAAAGCCCAGCCAGAUGGUUCUCUUAACACGAUCAAAGUUAUUUGCAUUUACUGUCGAUGUGACGUGAGUUACCACCAGAGUAUGUCGAGUUUCUGCUGGCCAAACACACAGCUGAUGCACACAGUCCUCCUCCUCCUCGCCACAGACAGACCACGCUGGAUACUUUGCAAGGGAGACGCCUGGACAAGUCUACAAGCGACAAACUUUCAACAGCAAUGUUGUUGCUAGUUGAGUUUAAGUUUGCCAUAGUAUGCUUUCAGCAUAUUUUUUGUGCAUGCAGUAACUUGUUCCUGAGAGUAUUCUGGGUAUUGUUUUGUAUUGUUGCAAUAAUAAUAAACAUAAAUUAGUAUAAAGCAA